AUGCCUCCACAAGCAAGCCGAAAACGCGCGGCAGCCAGUAAUGGCGAAUCGUCUGGCUCCCAAGGCAGUCGAACAAAGAAGACACGCUUUGUAGAACCCUCAGAGGACCCUGUCAAUUUUGCCGAAGAAGUCGAGUCGGCUCUGGAGACCAAAAACAGAAAAGGUCGCGUCAAGAAUGAGGGCUACGAGUCAGACUCGAGUGACGAUGGAGAGGGUGUCGUUCUGAGUCGUAAGAACAAGGCGGAAGAUGACGAUGAUGAAGAUAUGUUCGCGAUGGGUGACAAAGAUGAGAAGAAGGACGAGACACCGGCGAAGAAGAAAAAGGCAGAGUACCUGCGUCUAGGCGACAUUGAAGGGCAGGAAUUUGGUGGGUCUGGCUCUGAGGAUGAAUCGUCAGACGAGGCAGAACCAGAAGAUGAAGAUGAAGUCGAACGGAGGAAGAAGGCAGGGAUGGGGUACGAACUAUCGUCCUUCAACAUGCGAGAAGAAAUGGAAGAGGGCAAGUUCACCGAGGAUGGCAGCUACGUACGCUCAUUCGAUCCACAUGGUGUGCACGACCGCUGGAUGGAGGGAGUCGACGAGAAGGAAAUAAAAAAAGCGAGACGUCGAAAACGGCACAUGGAGAAGAUACAAAAGGAAAGGAUGAAGGCAGAGGAGCAAGAGUUGGAACACUCAGGCGGCGUCCCUGCUAUGGAAAAGGAUCUUUUGCCCUAUCUCAAGAAAGGCGAGACAGUCCUCGAGGCUUUACAGCGGUUGGGAGUACAAGCAAAGAAAUCAAAGCAAAGUGCUAAAUCCAAGGCGACUACGAAUGAUGCUAUGCAUGUCGACAAGAAGCCUUCUGCACCCUCUGACAUUGAACUUAUCACUCAUCUCGCCUCGAACAUUAUGUCACUUGGUGACGUGAACAUUUACUCCAAAUCGUACGAAGAGCUCGUUCGUACAGUUCGGUCUUCAGGCUCUGUCGAUGCCUCUUGGGAGCCCCCGUCGGCAGAUAAGAAGUUUGAGUACAAAUGGGACGCGCCUGGCUCAGGUCAGACAGACCAGACGUUUGGUCCUUUUGGUGAAGAGGAGAUGCGGUCAUGGUACAAAGCCUCGUACUUUGGGGCUGCAGGGGAGAAGGUGAAGGUGCGAGAGGUUGGCGGCGAUUGGAAAGAUUGGGACGAUGCUCUUCCUUGA